CGGAAGUGGUCUCUCUCCAUCUGUUCACACGUUGCGGAGAUUUUUUUUUUUUUUUUUUUACUGGAUUCUUUCUUUUUAGUUUGGCGCUCGGGGCCCGAGCGGUACGUGACGUCACUUCCGGUGGGCGGUGCUUGCUCGUGACUUUAUCUGCUGAGGAGACGGACUGGGCCCGGACCUACAGCUUUGGUGAGAGCGGGAGGAGGAGGCAUCGAACGACCGAGCCAGCCAGCCAGCCAGGAGCAUCAACGACGACAUCAACAACAACGAGAUCGCCACAGCCAUGGCCGACAGCAUGGAGACCGAGUCCAAGUACCUGCCCGAGCUCAUGGCAGAGAAGGACAGCCUGGACCCGUCCUUCACACACGCCAUGAGCCUCAUCAACAGCGGUAAGCACACACAGCAUGGCGGCCAUGGCGGGGGGGGAGGGGGGCUGCACCGUGACCGCGGGGUACAUCGCACGAUACCGCCACACAGCCACAUAAUAAUAUUAAUAAUAAUAAUAAUAAUAUUAAUAUCUGUGACCGAGAGAUGGCGGGGGGCGGGGCGGUAAAUAACCCGAAACAUGUCGCUGUGGGUGUAUAAAGGAGCCGGCAUGGCGAUAUAUUAUAAUAUUAUUAUGAUGCAGUUAGUGUCUCUCUCUCUCUCUCUCUCACACUGGGUGCCGGGAUGCGGCCAGUGAAGCUGUAAUUGUAGUGAAUGGGAUCCCGGCAUUCAGAUAAUAACCGCCUGCUGACUGCAGAGCAUUUAAUGGCUUCCCAGAUCACAUGGAGUUACCCGCAUUAUUAUUAUUAUUAUUAUUAUUAUUAUUCAUUUUUGCUAUUGUUGCCAUCCUGGAUGCAGUGCAUACACCCCCAUUCCUGUAAGGAUGCCAUGCAUAGUGUCUGCAGUCUGGGACACGGUUUGUGCAGCCAUAUAUUGGAGCAAUCUUCAAUCCGAUAUGGCAAACCAAACCCUGGGGACAUGUUUCUUGACAUCGUCAAAUAUACCAUGGGAGCAACGUAGUAUUUAUUUUUUUCCUCUUGGCAUUUCCAAGUUUAUGUAAUAAUGAAAAUGUAUAAAUCGUGCAAAUUGCAAUGGACUGUGUCUAAUCUAUAAUACAUAGUCAUUUAGCAGCCCGCUAAAUGUAUUUCUCCUGGGUAUCUGACUUGAACUCCUUUACAUAGAGUAUUAAGCAAAAAUAAUUUUAGUUGAAAUAGUGUUUGUACCAUAAUGGUCUGCUUGCCCUAAAAAAUGGUGUUUUACUUGCUCAUGUUAUCUGUUUGAUGUGAUAUAUAAUAUAAAAAAAAUUAAUUUUAUUUAUAUAUGGUGUGUGUAUAUAUAUAUAUAUUUUUUUUUUUUUAUGUUGGACUUGUUUGUUCUAGUGAACCCUUGCAUCUCCCUCUCAGCCAUUUAUUUCUAUGUUUUGUAAAACGUGUUGCAAAUGAAUGGCACAUGUUUUUAUUCGGUAACCUUUUGUCCGUUUAGUAUCUUUGCAAAUAUGGAUUCCUUCUGACGUUUACCAAGGCUUUCCAAACACAAGGCGGCUUUGUUCUGUGUAUGAGGCUGAUAGAUUUUCCACAGCUCUCCGCCCUCUUGCAUCUGCUCUUUGUGUGGGGGGUUGGAAUUUAGGCCUAGUUCAUUCCUAGCUGGUCUCUCUACAUGUUAUUUCUAUCGUGUGUUUGUGUAUACAUAGAAGGAAUUUUGAUGGUUUUUGUGGUAUUUUUACACUGUCUUCAGGAUGUUGGUCCUUCUAAUAAGCACAGUCCAUUAUUUCAAGAUUCUGUGUUUAACCUCUUCAAGCCUCAGUCAUACACCUAAUCUAGCAAUAACAUUCAGAAGGGCUAUUGAGAACUAUGGUUACAAGGUCUACAUGCACACAGCAUUUCAAGAGACUACCUUACCGCUAUGACCACUUUACUGAUUUGGAGUUCUUAUGUGCUGAGUUUCCAUAUGAAACGGUGCACAUACAGAGUGCGGCUUCAUCUCCAUCUGUGUCAAUAAGGUAUCAAUGACCAGCCUGGAAGUGUUCUUGGUAGCUAAUGUGUUUGUGCUCUCUGGUCAGGGGGAAUAACAUCAGAUGCAGUGGUUCCAUCUACAGGUAGAGAUCUUGGUCUUAAAGGUGUGAGAUGAGCUCUUUGACUUUAUUUUUUAAUGCGGAGAAGGGAAACCAGCAAAUCAAAGCAUACUCUAACAUAUACCAGUGAUUUAUGGAAUUUCGUUUUGGGGGGUUGUGAAAUAACUGCAAGCCUCAGUCUCUACCACACAAGCAAGUAAAAUUCACUUGCAGGGGAGAACAUGAGAAAUAUGGUCAAAAGGCUGCAGCAGCACACCACAUUUGAAGAGCUUGCUGUAGUACUUCAUGAGUGAGGGGUAUCCCAGAAUGAGUUUAUAAAAGUGACUUUCUAUUCUAAGUCGGCACUAUUGUAAAUAAUGCAACAAACACCCAUUGGCUAUCAAGCAGUCAAUUCUAAACAUGUUACCACACAUAGAGGGUCGUUCAUUGAUGAUCUGCAUCUGUCUAUGGCAUCUCUGCAGUAGCCAGAUGUCACUUGCCAAGCACCAGGGGAGACUUGGUGCUCUGCAGGGACCCAGCUAAGAGGGCAAAAUGUUGCAAAACGUUUUUCUCAUUACUGGGGAACGGUGCAAUGCAUUAGGAUGUAGGGGUGGUAAUACUUAAAGCAACACUUCAAAGUGGUUCUCACAUUUUACAGAAAUUAUUUCUGAAAAGGAUUUUCUUGGAAAAUCCAGCUGAUGGGAACAGAUGCAUAAAUUCCUGUGUCGGUCAAUAGAUGCCUAAUGCAUCUUAAUGUGUGAAUGCAAUAUAAUUCUCACAGGAAUCAAACACCCAGUUUUGUGUACCCAGGCAUGAGUACAGUAGGGAUAAUGGAUACUGGCAGGUGAAGCCAUCGGGAUUUCACGCAUGACAGAAUGAGGCAUGCUGGAAAAAUAACAGUGGACUACUAAGUAGGGAUCAACCGAUUUUAUUGGUUUGGUCGAUAUUUGGUAUUUUCUGCAAUAUCCGCAAAUAGAGAUGCCGAUAAUACAUACCAGGACCGCCGGGCCCAUGACCAGCUCGGCAGUCCAGGGAAAGCCUGCAGCAAGCGCUAACUUGCUUUCCCUUCAGCACCCCUGUCUAAAUCUUGCGAGUCCUGCGGCCGUCAGAGCAUUGUCACGGGUUACCGUGGCAAUGAUCCGCGCGGCACACAUGCCGCGAGAUUUACACAGGAUAGCUGCUGUGAAGGUAAAUAAGUGCUUGCUGGGGCCCCUCUGCACAGGACCACCAGGGAAUGCUAUAUCCCCCCUCCCUGGCUAUAUCCCCCCUCCCUGGCCAAGUAAGAAGCAGAGAUAAAAAAUGACUCUCCCCCUCCAAAUUACAUACCUACAGACACAAACACUGGGUUAUAUAAACACACUAUACACUCUGCAUUCAUUCUAUACAACACUGCAUUCACUUAACAUUCAUUAUAUGCACAUACCCUGCAUUCGCUAUACACUCACUGCACAUACGCACACUGCAUUCAUACUAUAAGCACACUGCACAAACACACACUGCAUCGACUACAUGUGGCAUGUAUAUUUUAUGCAUUUACUUUUUUAGAAAUAGUUUACAUUUUUUUUUCCAAAAUGAUAAAUGUACAGAAUAUCAGUAAGCUAUCCGCCUGAAAGUUCAGAUUGUUGGUAUCGGCUCUUAAAAAAAAAAAUCAAUAUCGGUCGAUCCCUACUAUUAAGUUUGGGUUUAGUGUGGCUUUUUUUAAGAUGCAGGAUGUUGCAUGUUUAAAUGUAGUUUUUGUAGUUCCAUAAGCUGUCAAAAUAAGUAUGCUUAAAAUACAGCAGGUUAAGGUUACUGCGUGGGGAGAACCAUGGUUACUUAUGGCUAAUUUUUGUAUUUAUAACUGGUACAUUACAAACUGGGUAAUUUACAUUUCUUAACACAUGGCAAAAUUCUAUUCUAAAAUAUUUAAUCUGAUCCAUUAAUAUCAGAAAUGCACUGAGAUAUAUAUUCAUGGAUUUUCUUAUUCCCUCUAAAGUAGCUAACUGUACUCCUAGACUUACUGUCAGUAGUAUUAAAUGACCACUAUAGUGCCAGGAAAACAAACUCGUUUUCCUGGCACUGUAGUGUCUUUAGGUUCCCCCCACCCUCAUGGCCCCCCUUCCUGCGGGGCUGAAAGGGGUUAAACUUGCCUUUCUCCAGCGCUGGGGAACUCUCCUCCCUCUUCCGACGUCAGCUCUGAAUGCGCAAGAGCCGCUGACGCAUUCAAUUAGGCCAUAGGAAAGCAUUUCUCAAUUCUUUCCUAUGGACGUUGGCGUCUUCUCACUGACUUUCACAGUGAGAAGCGCAGAAGAGCCUCUAGCGGCUGUCAGUGAGACAGCCACUAGAAACUGUAUUAACCCUAGUGUAAAAAUAUCAGUUUCUCUGAAACUGUUAACAGCUGCAGGAUUAACCCUAGAUGGCCUGGCACCCAGACUACUUCAUUGAGCUGAAGAGGUCUGGGUGCCUAUAGUGGUACUUUAAUAAUUUGCAAAAUAAAAUCUGAAAGUCCUUCAUGGAGGUAAGUGGUGUGAUUUUUAUUUUUUAUUUUUUUUAAUUUAGGUUUGCUCUUACCAAUCCUGUCCCAUAGUUCCUUCUGCAAUACUCCAUGGUGGCUGUGCCGGGAAAAGCAUGUUCCUAUCGGCACAAAUGCUAGACCUUUCACUGAGUGGCAGUUGGUUAGCAGUGUACUUAAAAUGUUUUAUAUUCUCUCUGCAGAAAUUGAGAGAAUGAAAAAAGGAGGUGAACCCAAGAAGGAUGAAGAUGACACUUACAUGGAUUUGUUCUCGCACAAAAAUAUGAAACUUAAAGAACGCGUUCUAAUACCUGUCAAAUUAUACCCAAAGGUGAGGCUUAGUAUCAUGUGAGAUACAUGUAUCCUGCUAAGAAAUCUAGUGAAUACAUUUCUUUCAAAUUUGUUUUUUCUUCCUUAAAUUAAACUACUAGUUUAAGAUAUGCAGUGUUUUCUCCUGCACAGAGUUGCUGAUGGUUUGCCUUAUUGUGACUUAAUUGCCACUUUUGAAGCAGAUGCUUCAAAAUCUUAAUUUGCUUUUUUUUAUUUUUUUUUAUUUUUUAACAUUUGGAUUUAAUGUUACAUUUCUUGUCCUUUUAGUUUAACUUUGUUGGAAAGAUCCUGGGUCCACAGGGUAACACCAUUAAGAGGCUUCAGGAGGAGACUGGAGCCAAAAUUUCUGUACUGGGAAAAGGGUCAAUGAGAGACAAGGCAAAGGUAUGUAUUUGGUUCUUUUCAGUAGUAAAUUUAAAAUUAUUUUUUUUGCAGUCAAUAGGAAAAGAAAGUUUGUUGCAAAAUGUUUUACAUGCUGCAGUCCCUGGGCACCAUAUUACCUAAAGGUGUCAACAUAUUAAACUGUUUAAUACCAAAAAUGCCCUCUGAGUGUCAGUCUGUAUUUAUUCCUUUUCACCACCUUCCAAUGCUUCUCUUCUUUGCUCAGUACAACAGCAGAGCAGAAAUGGGGAAAAAGUCAAUGUACAUGGAGAACAUCUUUGGCGUUAAACUGUGUACAAAUCAAGGAACUAUAGGAAAUUCUAUCCUUGUGAGGGAAAGGUCCCUUAUAGAAACACUCCUCAGAGGAGACAGAAAAAUCACUGUUUAGUAGAUGUAUGUCCAUUUUCAUUGAGGGCCUCCCCACACUUAUUUUCUUAGUGCGAACAUUCUUUACUGGUAGAAAGAUCAAUCAUAUGCAUCUCAUUGAUAAGCCUCUGAUUCAGAGAUGUCAGUAUGUGCAUGCUGCAGGGAGGCAGCCAGAAAUGAUGCAUGAGCCAAGAAAAUUUGCAGCCAAGUAAAACAGCUCUCUGCACUUUCUCUGACACAUGGGAGAAAGUCCACCAAUAGAGACUGCCUGCUACUCCUGCAUGGUCAGAAUAGGCACUGAAAUAGGAAAGUGUCAUGCACGCUUUAACAUGAUAGAUAGAUAUAUAUAUAUAUAAUUUUUUUAUUUUUAUUUUGGGAGACCAUAUAAGAGAUUUCCAUAACUUCUAAUAAAGUUCGACUUGUGCUGUCAGUUUGUCCAUAAUAUAGUUAUCUUUUAUCUUGUGUAUCAUUUUAUCCCAGGAGGGGUUAAUCUUGUAACCAAUUUUGGGCAAGAGCGCUUCUAGUGUAAUCCUGCCUUAUUUCUUUUCAUGUAAAGUAAGUUUAAAAAAAUAAAAAUCUAUCUGGGUGUCACCUAUGGGAAAAAUUAAGAUGUUAAUUGCAGAUUUCAUCAGAGAAGAGUGCCCCUCUAGUACCCCAUAUGAGGAUAUGUGCAUUAUUAUAGUGCCAGGAGGCCACCAGUGCACUUACCUCAAGGGGUUAAUCCAUUCUCGAACAGUCUAACCCUAAAGUUGCCUCCACUGUUGAUCUCCACUCCCCUUGGCAGCGGCGCCACUGACUGGCUAUGAGUGGUCAACUGAUGCUCUCAGUCAGCAAGAGCCCUUGUCCAGCGGCACUCCGCGCUUCCUGAGCGUUAUAAUUUCAGAAUCCAGUUGCUGUUUGGGGAACCUGAGUCUUGGCACUGGAGGCUCAGUUUGGGGUUUAACCAUUUGGGGUAAGAGUCUAUCCAGUGGUCUCCUGGCACCCUAACUUUAUUUAGAUGUUAUGGUGCCUAGACUGUCCAAUAAGACUCAGUUAGUGUCUUAUGAUGAUAUUUGACAUUUGUUACUUAAGGUUUUAAUUUAUAACCUGUUAAACUGGAACUUUUUAAACUGAAAUUAACUAAUGCUGGAAAUUUGAUUCUUACUGUAUUGUUGUACAUAGAAAUUGGGCCUUGUGUUUUCUUUUGUGGGAUUUUUACAUGUUUUGUUUUUUCCUUAAAAAUUUGAGGAGGAAGAACUUCGCAAAGGAGGUGACCCUAAGUAUGCCCAUCUCAAUAUGGACCUUCAUGUGUUUAUUGAAGUCUUUGGCCCACCUUGUGAAGCAUACACCCGUAUGGCACAUGCUUUGGAAGAGGUUAAAAAAUUCCUUGUUCCGGUAUGUAUAAGGGGGUAGGGGGUCUAGCUUUUUAUUACAAAAAAGCAGUGCCCUGCUCUCAUUUUUCCAGUCAGUGCAAGCCUUUAUUUCUCUAGUUCUUGAAUGUACAUAUUAAUAUAAAAUUGAAAUGUUCAUAGUUUAUAAACCUCCAUGUUUGUACCCAGCUGUUGAAUGGAAGUUUUAUUACACAUUCUGGUUAACCUAUGAUUUUAUUUCCUGAUAUAAACAGACUUGAGCCCCCACAGCAUUAUAUACAUGUACUGUUGACUCCUUGUGUAUUUGGGAGACUGUGAUUGCAUAUUGGCAUGUUAUUUUGAAUCAUUCUAACUAUCCUUGUCAUAUUCAGCAACUAGAUCUUUGUAUAAUUUGUGACCCGAACAUUGUUAUUAGUCUUUUAUCUCGGUCACUGGAGCUUUUCUAAUUUUAUGCAAAGAUCCCUAUUGUGGGCCAUGAAUUCUAAAUCUGAAUGGGACAAGACCGUUAUGCACUGUUUAACAGUACAUAAACCCUAGUGAUUGCCCUCUCUAUUUUCUGACCCUACCUUUCAUCCAUGAGCUGAGUUUUUUCUUACUUUGCAGGACAUGAUGGAUGAUAUCUGUCAGGAGCAAUUUUUAGAACUUUCCUAUCUUAAUGGAGCUCCCCCAGAGCAAGCCCGUGGUGGAGGAAGAGGUGGACCAGCUAGGGGUAGAGGAGGACCACCACCCCCACCUUCUGCUGCUCCUCCAUCAAGGUAAUAAAUUACACUUAAGUUAAUUUCUUGGGUGGUGGGGUUUACAUGUUAAAUGAGACAAGUACACACAGAGCACGAUAUUGACAUAUUGGAAGGUUACUCUUAUUACUGCUAUAACUCUUAACUUUAAUUGUUUUUACUUUGUGCAAUAUUGGCCCACUAGGGCAUGUGCUCUGAGCCAGGCAGGGAAUGUGAGGUGGACAUGGGUAGUUUAAAAUAAAACCCACUCCCCCUCUUUUAAGCACAUAUUCCUUAUAGGACCACUAUAGUGCCAGGAAAACAAUCUCGUUUUCCUGGCACUCUAGGGUCAUUAGGUCCCACCUUCAGCUAAUUGCCUUUUUCCAGCGCCGGCUCCCUCGGAGCUGGGGAACUCUCCGACGUCUGCUCCGAAUGCGUUUUGUGCGGCAAGAGCCGCACGCUUUCAAACUGCCCAUAGGAAAGCAUUGCUCAAUGCUUUCCUGUGGACAUCCAGCGACUCGCGGAAGCGCCUCUAGUGUAAACAUAGUAAUUUCUCUGAAACUGCUAUGUUUUCAGCUGCAGGAUUAAAACUAGAGGGACCUGGCAUCCAGAACACUUCAUUGAGUUGUGGCUGUAGCUGUGGGGGACUAAUAGUAAGUAAGUAAGUAACACUCUUGUGUGUGUAUAAAAUACUAUAGGUACCAAAACAACUUUCCAUUAUCUGCCACUCCAAAUAGGAGUUUUAAAUAACUUUGUUUAUGCAGCCAUAGUUACACCACCCUGCAUGUGACUUGUACAGCCUUCCUAAACACUUCCUGGAAAGAGAUCUACUGUUUACCAUUUCUAAACUAAACAGAAUGUGUAAUAAAUAAAUGUUAGUUCUCAACACAUGUCUGUUAAUGGCUUUCUAAACACUACAGGAAGCACUUAUGUGUUUUUAAAGUUCAAUUUAUAGAGCAGAAGAUAAAAACUUCUAAAUCAAGUUAACCUAUGAUUGAAAAUGAAACCAUUGGAGGUGUGACUAGGGCUGCAUGGACCGAAACUAAGUGAUCGGUAAGACUGCAGGGGCAUGACCCAUACACCAAACUUGCUUCAUUUAGCAAGCUAUAAAGGUGUUAAUGCCUAAAGUAUCCCUAUAAUUACUUGGGUGGAGGCAUAUCUACAUAGCCCCAUCCAUCACUCAUGUUAACAAUACUUGUUUGUAUUCCUAACAUUUUCAUCAUUCUGUUCAAAGAAAAUGUGGAACGAUCAGAAAGCUGUAAUCUGUAGUCUUUCAAACUGUCUGGACUGCGAGACCGUGGUCUUGUUCAAGAGUCUUCAAGGGUAACUUUUGACCAGUUUCUAAUUUUUUUUUAUCUUCAGGGGAAGGGCUGGACCCCUACGUUCUCUUGUUCCAAGAGGUGCUCCUGGAAGAGGUGCAAUAACACGUGGUGCCAGUGCCAGUCGCAGUGUGGCUCCUGCUCCUGCAAGUAGAGGCACACCUGCUGGAAGGGCACGUGGUGGCUCCAUCCAGAGGAUCUCUUUGCCACCUCCAGCACCAGAGUCUUAUGACGAAUAUGUAAGUAAUUGCUUCUGAACAUACUUUAUUUCACUUACUGUUUCAGCUUAAACUAGGGUUAAGAAUACAGUGUUUUUGUGUGUUAUCAUGGGAAAGCGGUUUGUCUUGGCUUUCUAAUGAAAGUUGCACAUUUGUCUGUAAAUAAACAUAUUCAUAUAGUUGUGUUGGCAGUGUUUUCAAACGCUUAUGUAAGUGAGAUACUUUAUGCAGAUUAAACUCUCCUACAGUUUGUAAAGUACUGCGCCUCUUGGGAGUAAUGCAUGGAAUCUGAGGUAUGUUUGUUUGUGCUGGCCAACCCAUGAAACUCUAUCCAAGACUUAUAUUUUAAAGACUGCUUAUUUUUUUUUUUUUUUACUUUUUAAACAUCUUGACUGUUGUAAAACUCUCCCAAAGUGCAGAAAUGAAUUAUUCGAGACUUGUUUAUCAAGUCCAAUAUGCUUGUUCAUUUAAUUUUUUUAUUUUUUUUUAGGGUUAUGAAGAUUCAUACGCAGACCAAAACUAUGAAGGGUAUGAAGGAUAUUACAAUCAAAACCAAAGGUAAGAAAUCUUUUGGGGGCAAUCAAACUAAGAUAUUUCCAAUGUGCAGGCUUGUAGGAAUGCUAGAAAAAGACUUGUAGUUGUGAUGUAUUUGUAAGUUAGUUUGGUAAGCAGUUUUGCAAAUGAUUGGUACAUAGUUAUGAUAUAAAGAUGGUGUUAAGAAUGGGGAAAAUCCCAAAUGUAUAUUAAGGAAAAGCUAAAUUUAUGGACAUGUCUUUGGUUGGCUGGCAAAGAGGCUGGAUUGAAUGAAAGUUCAUGGCAAUGGAUUUAUGUUGUAAUUGUGUUACCUGCUGACUGGAAUUUAAAGUUUGGUAUGAAGCCACCAUAGUGGUAAGUUUGCAGACCCUAAAAUUACUAUUCAAUCACUUGUUUAAAAGCAGGUAAAGUGACUCUUGAGGGGUAGGCACGAAAGGAUUACGAAGGGGUGAAGGGGAAAGUUCAGGUUUGUGAGAGAUUGGUGACUUGUUCAAAUAGAACUCAAUGAACAGAUUGUGAGUGUGGAGAACUAUUUACUCUAGCAGCCCUUAAUGUAUCAAAUUGUGGCUUUUGUGGAGAAGAGCUGAGUGACCAUUUGUGGUCAGUUUGACUUCAGUGUGGUUUCUUUCUUUAUUGUGGUUUCUUGUGCUUGUGAAGCUGAUGGUAAAGGAGGGAUUUUAAAUAUUGAGAGCCUAUCCGAUUCUCUCAGGUUAAGAACUUGUAGUCAAGGCAACCUAGAUUCACUUCCUGCAUAUAUAGCAGAUAUGGUUUUUAGCACCUCCAAAGUCUGGAGAAACUAGAGGAAGGAAAGCCUAGUGAAGGUUAAUGGUACAGUGACUUGGAUUAUUUAAACUUGCUGUUAAAGCAAUGUAAGUUGCUGAUGCAUGUUUCCUUGUAUAGGUUUUGCCUUUAAAUGGUGAACAAAGAUCAUGUCAGGCCAAAGCAUGAUUUAAGCCUUUACAAAACUUUGUUUUGUUUUUUUCAGUGAUACAGAAUAUUAUGAUUAUGGCCAUGGCGAGGGGCCAGAAUCAUAUGAAGGUUACGGUAAGUCAGGGCGUUUGAUUUCUGAAACCACUUUAAAUUCUUAGUUGUGUAACUUCCAGUAUCGUAACCCUCUAUUCAUAUUCCUUUAUGCAGGGCAGUUGUUUUGCACCCUAAAGUAAGGAGUUGCCAUUUAAAGCAGGUGACUUGUAGUUCCUUUGUUUGGCAACCUAUGUGCACUUGCUGCCUCAGUCCAUGGUAUUUAGUAAUGAACAAAAGGGAAGCCCCUAAAAAAUAAAACUUAGAGUUGCCUAUUGACACUUAUUGUUUGCUAUUUAAAGGUCUUCUGGGAGAGUGGGCCUCAGAGUAGACUUUUUCACACAGGUUGCCAAUAUUUGUUGCUUUUACAUGGUGUUCUUUAAAAGGCACAAAUAGCAGCUAUUGCAAGAAUUGAGUUAAAUGCCUCAAGUCUCUAAUCCUCAGCGAUGAAAUUGAGUGUUAUCUAGAGACCAAGUUAUUGGAAGGAAAGUGUGUUGGUGUAUAACCCUUAUUAAAAGGGUAGGUUCAGUACUAUAAGAAUGAUGAGAAAAGCUUUGUAUAGCACAUGUCUCACUGAUGGGCCUCAAGGAUACCAGCAAACCAACAGAAAGCAACUUCUGAAAGGGCAAGAAGGGAGGAGUGGUGGGCUUUGGCUGUGCAGAAUUACAGAGAAACAACCAGAAUGCCAUAUUGCAGCAGCUAUGGACAGGCAAUCUGAGAAUGAACAGAUAUGUAUGUUACACAGUCAUCAUAGUUGGGGACCUUUAACCUGUUAACAAAACAAGUGUGUGCUUCCCAAACAGUGGCAUGCAGGAGAGAUGUUACUUACAACUAGUGUUACCCUCUGGAAGCAUGAUUGAUGCUCUCAGCAAGACACGGUGCUAAUGGAAAUAAGUUUAAUUAUGAGCCUUUGAUAAAAUAAAGACACUAAACACUUGAUUGUAUAAAAUGAGUCAAGCCAGAUGGAAAAUUACAAAACAAAUAUCUGUCAAUCAAGACAUGUUCCCUUUAAAUGCAUUGCAAUGUAACUGUAUCUGCAGCAGAUUAAUAGAACAGUUUCCCGUGCUACCCUCAUAAUGUCUAAUGGACUGAUACAUGGAAAAAAAUAGUGGCCACCAGAUCUAACGAAGCUAGACUGAAAGGGGGAGUAAAAGGAAGUGGAUGAGAUGGUAGAAUUUUUUUUUAUUUAAUUUUUUUGCCCAUGAAUGUAUCCCUAAAAGUUAACUCAAAUGUAUAGCAUGCAUUAAAAAAAGUCCCACUUAAUAAAGAGGAUUCCAUAUGGUGUUCUGAUGCCCUCUUAUUCAGCAAGGUAUAUUGGCAUUUGUUAAAGAAACAUUUGAAGCACCAUAACCACUACAACCGCUGUAGUUCUGGAGUGUCCUGGUGUGAUCGACUUGCCGUGAUGACCACUAUCAUGCAGUGAGCAUUGCUGGGCUUGGAUCAGUGGCAGAGCCUCGAGCUGUAGAGGUGGUGAUGGUGGGUGCCUGGCAGACACCACGUAAGUUGACAAACUAUUCUUAAACAGUUUGACUACUUACUCUGAAAGGCCGCAAUCGUACUCCUAGUAACAUAACCACUACAUGGGGUUGUAGUGGUCAUCGUACUUCCUUUAAUCAUAUUUUAAAGUGCUAGCCAAGCAAUUGGUUUAUGAAUCAGUGGCAAUCAGAAUUUCAUCAAGCAACAUAGGUUUUAUGUCUACGAUUUUGCAGUUGAUCUUCCUCGGCUAACGCUUGUGUGUUUUCUUUCCCUAGGCCAAGAUAAUUGGAAUGGCUCACGACCCUCUUUAAAGGUGCCGCCUUCUCACCCUGCAAAAGGUGGCACUUACAGAGAUCAUCCCUACAGGCGCUUCUGAGUCUGGACACAUCCAACCCAUUAAUACUGAUCUCUUGUGUCCCGGGACUUCCUGUUCCUUAGCCCAUACACAAGUAAAUUCUGUGCUCUGAUCCCUUCCAUCUCCUCAAACCUUCCCUCCUGAAAUCCUUCUCAUAGGACUGCUUUUAAAUCAGACAUCCAAACUCUUUUUGUGGAGAUACUUAGACCAUUUUUUUAAAUUUUAUUUUUUUAUUUUAUUUUCAUUGUUUAAACAAAGUUAAAACUCCAAAAUGCUUUUCAUGUAAAAAGUUGUUAAAAUGUAGUAUUCAUAGUGACUGCUCCAAACUGAAGUUUCUUACAAAAUAUUAAAUGUUAGCUGUAGUUUCACUGUUCUGCGCUAAGCUGCAUUUAAAAAAACAAAAACAAAACAAAACCAUUUUUCUUUGAGCUGGUUAGUGUAAUUAGCUGUAAUAUUGUAUGCUGUUUAAAACAAACUUUUGACUUUGUAAUCUUUUAUGUUAUUAAAUCAUAUGGAUGGAUCUUUGCUAAUGUUGUCUUAAUUCGUAAAUUCUCAAAUAGGAAGGUAAAAUACAGUUCAAAUAAAACUAAUUUGGGUUGUGAGUUCUAGUUCCAGGCAUAGUAUGGUAUUGGGUGGGAUUUCAAACAUGAACAGCUACUCAUUAUUUUAAGUAGUAGGUUCUUGAUUGAUAAAGUUCUUUUGGACAGUGUCUUAAAUUUGCAUAAUAAUUGAACUGAACAGUAUUUACAUAUGGAGAUCUAAUAAUUGAUCUCCAAUUGUUUAAAGAGCUUGAUUCUGACAUCCGCUCUAUCAUUCUUUUGGGUUAUAUGAAACGUUUUAAUCAAAAUAGUUAACUUUAUUGGUUCUAACAAAAAAUGCUGCCCUUGUGUGUAGGAUAACUACCCCAUUAUGUAUUGUUGUAAGGAGUAUUACUGCCUGCCUAAAUAGGUAACUUUAUUUCUCCAUCUGUACUGACAUUUGUCAACUUUUUUUUCAGUUUGUUUUUAAUAAAAAUAUAAACUCUGCUUUGUAACUUUUUUCUUCUCUUAAAUUACAAACUUUGUGCAACAUUGGAGAGCAAAAACCUUCCCUUCACCAUUUUAAACUUUCUUUCUAGGUAUUCACUCUUUUACAUACUGCCCACAAAACCAGAAGUAAUGAGACCUAAAAAUUAGCAUUUCCUCAACAAUUUAAUCUAUAAAAUGUGCUACAAUAAUUGCUUCUAAAUUUGCAUUGUUACAAUAUUAAAAAAAUUUUUAUUUGGAUUUUAGAUGUGAUGGGCUUUUUGUAAUUUUUUUUUUUUUUCAAAACUUCAAGCUGCCCACCAAAUAGUAUAUAUUUUUUUUUUUUUUUGUCCAAUACUUUUAUAGAAAUUUGAUUCUAAAUUAUAUGCGUUAACAAAUGGUGAAACUUUUAUUUACGCUAAGGGAGGUUUUUGUUUGGAUACCACUACCUGUCAUUUAUUAGACUGAAGGAAGGGACUUUUGAGUCCCUUUUUAAGAUGUCUUAGUGCAAGCAUAUGAAGAGUGGUUAUAUGGUGUAAUUCUGGUUACUAAAGGUGACCCAAAAAAAAAAAACCAAAUAAAAGUAAUAAAAAAAAGCAAGGACAAAAUAAACUUGUUAUUUGUAGUCUUAACGGGAUAAAGGCCGGAGAUUUCCCACUGGGCUGUGGACAUCGUACAAAUGCCAAGGUUCCCAAACCUUUAUAAAGAAAAGAAAAAUCCUGCAAGACACUCAGGAUGUUAAUCAUGCAUCGCAAACAAGGUAACAGCAUUCCCUAAUACUGCUCUCCGCACGCUAAUGUGUCCUCCGCAGUCUAACCACCCAUGAUCGUUCCUUCAGUAUUGGCAUCAUGGGCUCCAGAGCUCCUGCCUGCUGGUUUGUGGUAACAAUCUGGUUAAACUGCGCAGGCCGUGAAUGUUAAAACUAUAAUAUCCCAUUAUAAACUGGCAGCAGAUUUAUGUAAUAUCUUCAAACUUUACCAAAAACAGCUUUAAAAAGCCAUUCUGUCUAAAAUAGUUAUAACAUUGUAUCUUUAAUGUAACUACUUAAAAAGUUUUCCAAGUUGCCUAUAAUGUUAAUAGCUUUAAUUGUACAACUAUAAUAUCUGCUCAGUUCUUUAAAACUGGAAAAAAUAUUCUCCCCAAACCCUAUCCUCUGCCAAACUGUCUUGAUGCAUUUCCCUCAUUGUUCUUUUCAAACUUUAAAUUUCUGGGUUAUUGGGUUGGGGUCAAAGUUACAGAACUGACAUUUCAUUCUUAUUUUGCAGGUGAUGUAUGGAGAUAAGAUCAAUGUUUGACAGGUGGGUUUUAGCACUUUGUAAAACUGUUCUUAGAGCCAUGGAUUGCAUGCCUUUUUAUUGUUUUAAUACUUUGCUUCGUAAUCUAGUCCAGUGCAACCCUCCUAAAGAUGUUACUGUCGUAAUUCCCCUUGAAAUAUUUCUCUGCAAAUUACAUCUUUCCUUUGCAUUUCUCCAAUUUAUCCAAUGACCCCAGUACGACCAGAAAUUGCGAUCUUACACUAGGGUUCAUGUGUCUCAACCUUUGUUCUAAUCCAUAUAUUUAACUGUCUUUUAGAUUUCUCCACUUUUUAAAAUAUGGUUACAGCUAGGAGAGUGGUACAGUCCAUACUAACGUACAAUUUUCCUCAUUGUUACCGGGUGCAUCUAUAGAAUAGCUAUUAUAAAAAUGCAUUGAGAUGUGUCCUAUGGUUCUCACUUUAUGUUUAGUGGUAUUCAUCCAAGAGCAGUGAUAAGAGAUGCUGCCAGUGGUUAACUGAGCCUUGACAAGAUCACGUCCAAUUAAUAACUGGCCUCCAUUACAUAGAGCAAAGGAGCAGUGAUGGGCUGUUUUUGACACACUAGGUGGAGAUUCCAUCAAGAGAUGGAAUAAGAGGGAGCGAAAAAACUGAAGAUGACAGACCCAUAGACGACAUUACGCAAAAGAACCACUAGACACAGCUGUGGUCACUUAAUAUAGCGGUCCCUCUGUGUGAGAAAGAUUUAGUAGACUCGCAAAUGAUUUCACUCUACACAAAUGUAAACUUUACAGAACUUGCCCUGUUUUCUUUUAAUAGAAACUGGCACUGCUAUUUUGGUCACAAGAUCCAUUUGUCAUUUUUCACAUGGUAAUUUUUUUCAUCUUCAAAGUGAUACAAAAAAUACUUUUUCACUGUCUGGUCCUUACCUCAGAAUGUUUGAGUAAAACUGCAUUCCCUUGAGGACACGUGUUCCAGAUGGUGCACCUUUUAUUGGUGAAUACUGGAUUUUAAGGGGAAACAAAUGAAAACUGCUGUUAAAGGGACACUAUAGUCACCCAGACCACUUCAGCUCAAUGAUGUUUACAUAGCAGGGUUAAUCCAACCUCUAGAGGCGCAUCUGCAAAGCUGGAUGCGAAAUUUACAUUCAGCGUGCCGAACGUCCAUAGGAAAGCAUUGAGAAAUGCCUUCCUGUAGAAUGUUUGAAUGUGCGCGGCACUCGCCGCGGAUGCACACGGCGGGCUGACGUCGGUGGGGGAGGAGAGGUCACCGGUGCUGGAUUAAGGUAAACUGCUAAACUGGUUUUAACCCCUUCAGCGCCAAGGGAGGGGGACCCUGAUGGUGGGGGCACUCUUAGGGCACUAUAGUGUCAGGGAAAACAGGUUUGUUUCCCUGACACUAUAGUGAUCCUUUAAACUACAAUUUGCAGCACGCUUAUUUUUCAAUUAGUGUGGGGAAAGUGUUCCAUUGGGUUUAUUCCAGCUUUUAGAGCUGGAAAUUGUGAUCGUAAUACACAGGGAUGGAAAUAAGUUAUGUAGACCAUGUCAUCGACAUCUAGGCAAAAUGCACCCGUUCUGCUGGAGGAAGUCACGCACCCAGUCUGACUUCCUCCACUUCAAAUUCUUGUUGCCUUCAUACAGCCUUUGCCAAACAUCAUACUUUUCCUCCAUUAGCUCAUUCUCCCGCAAUCCCAGGUGUCUUUCUUUUUUUUUUUUUAAAUACCUUUAACUCUCUUCUUUGCCCAGCUGUGGCCACCCCCCCAAACUAACCUUACAGCUGAUAGCUUUGCAUGCUACUUUACCGACAAGAUUGAACAGCUAAGGAAAUAAUUCUCACCACCUUGCCCCUCUCUUCUCAACCACACCUAGGUCAUGCCUUUCCUAUCCUUCAGACUUUCUUCUAGGCUACUGAACAAGAAGUGGUUGCGCUUCUCCUUUCCCCUCGACCCACCACUUGCCUGCUUGAUCCUGUCCCGUCUCACCUUAUCAGAUCUCUCUCCCCUUGUCUUGUGCCUUCCUUAACACACAUCUUAAACUGCGCUCUCUCUCUUCUGGUGUUGACCCAUGCUGCCCUUAAACAUGCUACUGUACUACCCAUCUUUAAAAAAAAAAAAUUGACCCAUCCUCCCCUUCUAACUAUCCAUGCUCCCUUUUUCCUCAAAGCUUCUGGAAAGACUGGUCUACCUGUCUGACUUUCCUCAAUUCCAACUCUCUCCUUGACCCUCUUCAGUCUGGCUUACACCCCCUCCACUCUACUGAGACUGCUCUUAUUAGUCACUACCCAAUCGCAGCUGAAUCCAAAGGGCACUAGUCUAUACUAAUUCUUCUUGACCUCUCUGCUUCCUUUGACACUGUUGACCAUGUUCUCCUUCUCCAAACUCUUCAAUCACUCAAUCUCUAACACUGUCCUCUCUUGGUUUUCCUCCUAUCUCUCCCAACGCUCAUUCAGUGUUUCCUUUUCUAAUUAUACCUCCUCCCUUCGUCCUGUCUCUGUCCCACCAGGCUCUGUACUUGGUCCCCUUCUAUUUUCUCUUUAUACUGCCUCUCUUUUCAAACUUAUUAACUCAUUUGAAUUCCCAUACCACCUGUACGCUGAUGACACUCAGAUACACCCCUCCCUUGUCAGCCUGCAACAUGUCACUGCUUGCCUUUCUUCCAUCUGAUUGGAUGUCCUCUCGCUUUUUGAAACUUAAUCUCUCUAACUGAACUCCUUGUCUUUCCUCUUUCGCUCUCCCUUCAAGUGAGUGUUACCUACAUCAAUCCAUCCUUGCAUGCUCGCUGUCUUGGCAUCAUACUUCAUUCUAGCCUCACAUUUGAGCCUUGCAUCCAGUCUGUUACCAAAUCCUGUAGAUUCCACCUUAAAAACUGCAUCCGCCUCUUUCUUAAGCAAGAUGCUGCUAAGGAGCUUGUCCAUGCUCUAGUAAUCUCUUGCAUGGAUUAUUGUAACUCUCUCCCACAAGUCUUAUUGCCCCACUACAGUCUGUAUUGAAUGCUGCAGCUAGACUUAUUUUCCUCUCCUGUUGCUCCUCACACCUCCCCUGUAUCCUAUGAGUCAGUUCAAGGUACUAAUCGACAUCUACAAAGCACUGACCAAUUCUAGCCCCUCAUAUCUCUUCACUGAUCGCUAGUAUGCCCAUUCUUGGUCUCUCCGCUUUUGCCCAUGACCUUCUCCUGUCCGUUGCUCUCACCCGCACGGCCAACUCACGCUUGCAGGACUUCUCGCAGGUGGCUCCUUUCCUUUGGAAUAGCCUGCCCACGACCAAGCUUUUCCCUAGUCUUCAAUCAUUUAAAAAGUGCCUCAAAAUGCAUCUCUUUAGGAAAGCUUAUGGACUCCCAGAGUAACCUCUACCUCACUUAGCGCUGUCCCUUGUUCUGUCAUAAAGGGCAGCACUCUUCUCUCUCCAGUUCUGCUUCACUCCACCUUGUUUGACUGCUACCUCCUGUCCUGUUGGGUUUUACACCCCACCUCCUAUAAAUAGAAAGCUUGUUUGAACAGGGCAUCCUUCAACCUAUUCCUGUAAAGUUUUUGUAAUUGUCUCCUUUAUUGUUAAUCUCCCCCUUGAUAAUAUUGUAAAGUGCUACGAAAUAGGCUGGUGCUAUAUUUUUUUCUUCCUUCAAACGUCUGAAACACUCUUCACUAAACCAUUCCAUGAUGCUUCGUAACAAAUCCCAUAUACUAGUCUCUAUCUUGCUAUUCUGAGCAUACCCUGCUCCAUGUAUUUCCUGCUCCUUUCCUGUUAAACACAUUAUGAUAUAUUCCCCAUUGCUUUCCUACAGUUUCCAUACGUCCUUUGACAAUUAUACAUGAAUUCUACCUUUUCAAAAGGUGCUUGUUUACCCUGGCAAAACAUACAAGAAACAUGAUCACAUUGCAAGCCCACUACGUACUUCCAAAUUUGUCUUUCUUUCAUACAUUGCCCUGCCUGCUCACUCCAAAAAUACUUCUAUUCACAUGUAUGUGUGAGACUCAGCCACAGAGACCAGUGAGUGAAACUACAAAGCAACCUGUCUUUAAGUAGGAAAACCUGUAGUAAAGAGAUCACUAGCUGUUUGUAGUUUUUCUGCAGCUCACUCACUGCUGUUAUGGUGUGAGCUCGCCAUACAUUUCAUAAGAAAGCGAAGGCUUGUGGCCAAGGAGGCAGGCUUAUGGUUCCUGUAGUGUCCCCUUUUAAGAUGUAGGCCUGGUAGAAUCAAUAAUACCUAGAAAUCCUGUGAAUAUAUCUUUCCUAGACAUAAUUUUCUCAGUAAUAGUGGUAGGAUACAAAUGGCUAACAAGUUACGAAGGAGCAAAAGGUUCAUAUUUUAACCCAUGUCUGCAUUCAUCAUAAAGUGAUCUCUAUAACCUUUUUGUUCUAGCAUGGAAUGCCAUGCUUAUUUGCGACUGUUUAAGUAUAAAUUUGGAUUCUUAAUUUUUGGUGUAGAUUAUUCCAUUGUAGUAAUUUAACUGAAAUGUUACAAAACUAGACAAAGCACAGAAUCCAUGCAGCCAUUGCUUUCUAAGCAUGCACAUCUGAUCCAUAAUUCUUUUUUUUUCCCCAAGUUUACUUGGCUUAUAUUUACAGAAGAUACUUUGUCAGCCCAUUAUUCAUAUAUAUAUAUAUAUAUAUAUAUAUAUAUAUAUAUAUAUAUAUAUAUAUAUAUAUAUAUAUAUAUAUAUAUAUAUAUAUAUAUCUAUCUAUCUAUCUUUUGCAUGCUAAUUAAUACUGAAAAUUUGUGACCUUGUUUCUUCUUUAGCUUUUGAAGCACAAAUGAAGGUAGAGCUGCUCCUUUACUCUGACCGCAUCUAAUAAAACGUAAGUUUUCAUCAGAAGUGUAGAUUAAGAAGAAAACACAUCUAAUUACAUACAAACUUAAUGUUUUGUUUUAUUUAUUUAUUUUUUUUUUUUACUUCCAGUGUGGAGAUGGAUUUGUGGAGUGGACAUGUUAAUCUGCCAUCUUGAAAGUACUGUCAAGAGGAAAUGUGAUCUCUUCAAUAGCCCUUUAACAAAAUUGUGGUGCCUUGUAACAAGUUGGUCAUUUGGCAGAUAUCUAACUUGGUACGGUUGCCUGAAGAUUUAAAAAAAAAAAAAUAUUCUUGGUUAACUGUAGUCAAUAUGGUUAGAUCUAAAAAAAAAAACCCAACCUUUUGAGCAUUUUGCCAAAUACUAUACGUACUUUUUUCUCUAAAGUAAACCUUCCCGUAAUUUUGAGUACUGGGGUGAUUUGGUUACUUUGUUAAAAUUGUCAUUGUUGAAAUCACAGUAUAUUCUCUACACAUUAACCUAAAUCUUAAUGUAUUGCCUCUAUUUGUAUAGUCUCAUUAAAAUGUUUGGUUUUUCCAUACCUCUUUGUUUGAAUCUGUUUUCGUCUGAAUUUGAUUUUGUAUUCUAUGCUGUGACACUUUCAGGUGAUUUUUAUAAAUGAACUUUAACAUUAAACUUAACAGCAC